UUUAGUAUUUACAGUAAUUUACAAUAUAUUUUUGUUUUAUUUAACAUACUAUACAAUGAAUGUCUAUUACAUAAUACAAGUAGUAGUAGUAGUAGUAGUGUUGGCUUUUGGUAGCCAUCAUCAGGUAGUCCUCAGUGAAAAUGUGGCCAAUUUAUUGAGCACCCGAUGGUAUACCAUCACCACUGAUAGCCAUAGCAAUGAUGACAGGGAUGACCUACUAAACGAUCCGUGUAUCCAGAAAUCAAUGACCGAUAUAUCCCUAUGUAUUACACCUAAAAUCCAGAAUCCGGACACUACUACACAGUUUAUCUGUUGUUACGAUUGGGUUACCUAUGAUUGUGUCGAACAGGUGGCACAGAAAAAAUGUACAUCCACCGAAAAAUCAACUAUGGAUAAGUUGCUUAAUAAGCUCAAGGAUCAAAUAGGUGGUACCGAUUGUAAAGCUUAUCCAUAUAAGCAGGGUAUCGAUCAUUGUGAAGGUGGCAAAUAAAUAGCUACCUGUCCUGUCCAAUAGAAAUAGCAC